AUGGAAGGCCAACAACCAACAUCUGCAAAAGGGCUCUUACUCUACAGUGGCAGAGACAAAACACAAGCACACGAAAGCGGUGUUGGAUUUCUUCUUAGUGAUUCAGCAAAAAAAACUCUAAUCUCAUGGAAGCCAGUCUCAGACAGAAUAAUAACAGCAAGAUGCAAGGUUAAGAUCAAAAAUAUUACAUUUAUCCAAUGCUAUGCUCCCACAGAGCCUGCUCAAGUUGAAGACAAGCAAAAUUUUUAUGGUUUACUGAACAGAACCUUAAACGACUCUCCCAAGGGAGACAUUACAAUUAUCAUGGGGGAUAUGAACGCAAAAAUCGGUUCAGACAACAACAAUCUAGAGGAAGUAAUGGGUAAACACGGCCUGGAGUGA